AGGAGUGUAGCGGAAGUUGUGUUUGUGUUUCCGGGUUCCGGAAGAUGCUACGACCUCCGUCCCAUUGUUUGCAUUUUACCUCGUGAUGUGGACGGCGGAGUAAAAGGCGCCAGUGUUUGGUGUCCUUCCAGAGAGAAACAUCACAAACUGCUGCAUGAGGUUUUAAAACCAGAAGCGAAGCUACAAAGAGCAGGUCGGGGAGAAGUCGAGGAGAGACACUUCAACAUGAACUCUGAGAGGAAACUGUCAGCUGGCCAGCGGAGAGCUUUACCUUCAGAUGUCCAGAAAGUGAUUGUUGGUGAAGAACAUCAGCAGGAGUGGAGCUCCAGUCUGGACCAGGAGGACACAAAGCCCCCUAACAUUAAAGAGGAACAGGAGGAACUCCAGAUCAGUCAGGAUGAAAAGCAGCUUCAAGGGCUGGAGGAGGCUGAUAUCACCAAGUUCCCAUUCACUCUGGUCCCUGUGAAGAGUGAAGAUGAUGAAGAGAAACCUGAGUUCUCACAGCUUCAUCAAAGACAAACUGAAGAGAUAAAAACAGAAGCUGAUGGAGAGGACUGUGGAGGACCAGAACCAGCCAUGAAAUCAGAUCCAGAUACACAUUUACAACCAGAUAUUGAUGACCAGACUGGAGACUCUUCUGAACCGGAGACUGAUGACAGUGAUGAAGAGACUAGAGAACCUCAGUCAGGUUUAAACUCUCUGAAUGAUGAUAGAUUCCCUGUUAGUGAUUCAAGAUGUACUACUGGUGAGAAAGCGUUUAGCUGCUCUGAGUGUGGGAAAAGAUUUGGCACCAAUGGAAAUCUAAAGACACACAUGCGAUCUCAUACAGGAGAGAAACCAUUUACCUGCUCAGUCUGUAAGAAAGCUUUUACAUUGAUGCAAAGUUUAAAGAGACACAUGCGAUCUCAUACAGGAGAGAAACCAUUUAGCUGCUCAGUCUGUAAGAAAGCUUUUAUAGAGAGUGCACAUUUACAGAUACACAUGAGAAUCCACACAGGAGAGAAACCAUUUAGCUGCUCAGUCUGUAAGAAAGCUUUUGUACAGAGUGGAAACUUACAGGUACACAUGAGAAUCCACACAGGAGAGACACCAUUUAUCUGCUCAGUCUGUAAGAAAGCUUUUACAGUGAGUGGAAGUUUAAAGAGACACAUGAGAAUCCACACAGGAGAGAAGCCAUUUAGCUGCUCCGUCUGUAAGAAAGCUUUUACGGAGAGUGGAAGUUUAAAGACACACAUGAGAAUCCACACAGGAGAGAAACCAUUUAGCUGCUCAGUCUGUAGGUUGGCUUUUACAGACAGUGGAAAUGUACAGAAACACAUGAGAAUCCACACAGGAGAGAAACCAUUUAGCUGCUCAGUCUGUAAGAAAGCUUUUACAGAUAGUGGGAAUUUACAGAAACACAUGAGAAUCCACACGUGAGUGUUACACGCUCCCCCCUUGUUUUGCUUCUCCCUGUCUGCUCUAUUCAGGUGAUCCUGAUUUGAUCGUUAGUGGGUGGCCCUGUACUUAAGGAAGGCUGGAUAAGUCUAUCAGACUGUGCACCAAUGUGAUUAUUUUUGGGGGGAUUGAAGGGUAUGGCACAAAACCAAGAUGAUAAUUUGGAACUAAAUUCAUGAUAUUUGGAUAUUAAUAAAUAGUAAUAAUGAAAUAAAUUUGAAAAUUGAAAUUUAUUUAUUUAACAUCUGGUGAAAGUUUCAUGCCGAUAGCCCCAUCAGGAAUAUCUUUACUGAGAAAAAUGUUGACGCAUUCAAUACUUAUUUUCCCCGCUGUAUCUGUGCAUGAAGUUGGCCAAGAGUAUUGAUAUAUUGAACAAAAUUAGACACAUAUUGAACCAGAAUACACUAUAUACUCUGGACUACAUGCUUAUUUUACCAUAUUUGUAAAUGUUGUAUGCCGUAUUUACAUAUCUAUUUGAUUU